AACGUUUGAGAUCAGUGCGUGAGUGCUUCAAAAUGAAGAUACAUUACGUAUGAAAGGAAAACUAGAAAAUGUUAGCUGGUGCUUAUUCAAAAACAUACCAAUACUUAGAGAAACAGCGUAUAGAUCAGUUAAAACAGCUGAAGACUGAUGAAGUGGGAGAUGCUGUUGCCAGAGCAAAGAAGCUCUCGGUGGAGACCAACAAAAGACGGAAAGCACAAGCCACAAAGAGAAAAUUGGAGAAAGAGAGAGAAGAAAAAAGAAGACAACAGAUUUUAAUAAAACGGAGAGAGGAACAACAGGAGGCUACAGAGAAAUAUCAGCGAUCUCACGUCCCAUCACGGCCGCCAAGUGGUAGGCACUCAAGGUCAAGGAAAAAUGCCCCAUCCCCAAGUCGGAAUCUGGAAGAGACACUGAGACUGGUCAGAGGAAAUUCUGGUGUACAGAGACAGAACAGUGCAGGUUCAACAGGCAGUCACACAAGUCCUCGACAGACCUACACUGAGGCUCUAAAUAGACCAUACUUCAAUAAAUACUCUCACUUCCACUCCCCUAUUAUCCAGAACGACAGACCAAGGGUCAAUAGUUCACAGGAUAAACUGCACAACAGGAGCUUGAAGAACUUGAACAGCAGCAAAAGUUUGUUUGAGCAAAAAUUAGAACAACAGCAACAGCAGUUGAUUGAUCAGCAGAGAAGAGCUUUUAAUGAAUUCAGUGAAGAAGUUCAGAAAGAGAUUGACAAUGGAGAAUAUGUUGCAGAUGACAGUGUUAGUCUGUCCAGUGCUGAUAGUUUGGACGAAUCUCAUAAUUUCACGGAAGGAGUUCCGACAAGCUUGCCACAGCAAAAUAAUCUCUUAAAAAAUGAACAAGUGAUCAAUUCAAAGUCCUCAUUGCAGGACAAUGUUCACACACAUCAAAGUGUCAGAGACAUUUCUUUUCAUUUGAACAGUGCUUAUGGACAAAAUAAUGGAGUUGAAUACCCAGACAGAAAUGAGAAAAUUGACUCAUACAAUGUAGAACAAACAUGGGGAAAUAAUAAUAAUCUUCCCUUAAGUGGGAUCCCCAGACCGGAAGUGCAAAAGACUGUGUCUCAAAACACAGAUGUGAAAAACAGACCAAAGGUUCAGCUACGUGCAUGGUCCACACCAUCUCCUGUGGAUUCCCAGCAUUCAUCUGUGUCAAACGCUCACAUGACCAAUAGUAACCCUUAUAGUUCAAGGCCAUCCAUGACAGCUGUGACCUCAACAACUGCAUAUCAGGACAGGAAUUCCCAAAGAAAUUAUGGCCCAAACAGUGGAGGGAGGGAUGAUAGAAAUGUCACCUGGGACGGUACAACUGGCUCCCAAAACCAGAAUUUAAAUGGUUACAGUGACUCUCAGGGUGUGAACAUCAACAAUCCGCCAAGGAGUGUGAGUGAUGUCAGUAGAGGGUACACCAAUGGUUAUCUGUAUACCUCAGAAAAUCCCAAAAGUGCUCAAUCCAAUGGCAACAGAAUACCAGACACUGGUCCUUCCAAACCUAUGGAAUUCCUACAUACAGUCACUAAUACACCGGAUACCUCUGACAGAUCAGUAAACCCUGACAGGGAGAUGGUGGCGCCCCCUGUUCAGGAGACAAAGCCCAGUCGGGUCCCCCGGCCUGUGAGUGCAGUGAGGAUACAGAAGGUGGUGAAGUACAAUGUAAUCCCCCCUCCUUCCACCAAUGAGGACAGUACACACCCAACAUCUGAUGCUCUAUUGGAGGACAAGAUGGAAAGUGGAAAAAACGGUGCUGUGCAAAAAGUGGAAAUAGUUCCCAAACAACCUCAAGUCUUCAUUAAUACCACCUCUGGGGACCGACCACAGGUCAAACAAGUCACACAGGUCAAGUUUACAGCCAAUGUUGUAAAUGGGGGUGUUAAUAUGAACAAUUAUGGUAAAAUGAAUGUGCAACCUCUUCCUAAUAAACCAUUGAUAGCUGGAGUGACUGAGAAAAAAGAGCAUCCUCCAGCUGCCACCACGGUAACGAGGAAGGCUAAGGAUGAUGCAGACCUGGUGGUGAGGAAUCACAGUGAGGCUAGGGAGGAUGACUCGGGGGUCAAGGGCAUUCUAAAAAGACCUGGGCCCAAACUGAAAAAAGCUGGAUCUACUGGCAGUGUUAACAGUAUGGAUGUGAAGGAUAGUAUAGAAAUAGCUCGCAUUCAUAUGCAUCAUCACCAUCCCAAGCAGAUACCAAGAAAGAAGAGUGUUCGAUUUGCAGACUUGCAUUACCCGAGCGAAGAGGAAGCGGAACCUGAGGCGAACAGUGAGAGCUCUGGAGCCAGUGGACAUGGUCAUUCCUCCAGACCUGUGUCAGCCAAAGUGACCUCUCAUGCUGCAAAGGCCCAGAGUAAUGUCCCCCGAGCGAUGAGUGCCGGGCAUCGGCCACAGAUAAGACACAAGUCCACUAUCCGCCCCCAGGCUGCGGCCCACAUCAUCACUCAGAGUAAUUCACCAGCCUCUGCCAUGUUGAAUGCCCAGAAGGCCACCGAUAAGAAAGUAACAGUGGUCAAUAAUAACUUCAUGGCCAAGGUGCCAACUUCACUGACUCCUGCCUAUACUGAGGCCACGGUGUACACAGUGCCAGGGGUCAAGAUGAAUUAUACGAAAACGACCCCUGGCACAAUGCCAAGACAGGAGGAUCUUGGUUACUAUGGGAAAGAAAAUGGUGUCCAAAUGGCUGCAGGUUCAGAUGUACCUAUUCAACACUCUAGCAUUCAGGGACCAGUUUUCAAUGAAAAUGGCAUGAGAAUUGAUAGAACUCCUACCGAUGAAGAAAUUAACUUUUUAUGGGAGAAAGUGAGAACUUGUCUGCACAGGCCUACAGGUCCAAAUGACAACAUGCCAGCUUCAGAAAAUCACCAGGUAUCUCAGCCCACAGAACCUCCAAGACAAGCAGCACAAAUGUCCCACCAGUACAUAGAUGGUGCUGCGCUCAAUAAAAUUGUUGCUGCUGGCAGGACACAGCCAGUUAUGACUGCCCCUCCCAGUGGGGUGCAGAGCACAGUUAAAAACGGUGAGCAGACGUAUGCCAGGAGGUAUGGUCUGCUUCAACAACGCAAACAGCAGAAUCCGAACAGUUUGAACAAGGGACCAGUGGUCUCACAGAGGCAGUUUGUUACGACAUACAAUGGACCUGUGUAUAGUAACAAUGAGCCCUCCCAGAAUCCAGCCUACCAACCCCCACAGGAUGUUUCAGAAAGUAUGGCUGCCUUCUUGACAGCUGAGCACCUAGCCCAGCAUUCCAUGUCCGAGAGUCAGAUCCAGAACGCCAUGGAUCAGGCUCAGCGGAACCAGCAACUCAUUGUGGCCAGUAAACCAGCACAAAAGAUUCCUUCUGCACUUUCGAUAGAAGAGCAAAGAUUGUUAGACUCUUUGGAUCGACUGAAUGAAAGACUGAAAAUCACAGAAUUCCCAGGGAAUUUGUUACAAGAGCAAACACAACCUCUAGCCCCCCAGCCAGAGCCUCAACAGUAUAUCUAUCCAGAAGCUACAAAUAUAGAGAAUCCAACUGGGGCAUUUAAAGGAAAACAACCCUUGAAUUCUCAGAGAAGAUUAACAGACAGUGCUCGAGGGGGAUACCGAGGAGGGGUCAGGCAACAAAUAUACAGAUAUCCAUAGAUUAUACACACCUUGGUCGUAUUGCUGCAGAUAUCUCCUAGUGUAGAAAUUUCAGAUAUCCAUAGAUUAUACACACUUACCUCUAUUGUAUAGCUACAGAUAUCCCUGUCCCAGAGUCCAAAAAGUUCAGAUAUCCACAAAGGUGCUGACAUCUGUAAAUCCAUAAAGAGCAGAUAUCCACAAUGGUGCAGAUAUCCAUAAAUUCAGAAGGAACAGAUAUCCACAAUGGUGCAGAUAUCCAUAAAUCCAGAAAGAACAGAUUUCCACAAUGUGCAGAUAUCCUUGAGUUCAUCAAUGAAAGUACAGAUAUCUAGAAUGGUGCAGCUGUAGUAUUGAAGGAUUACUACAGGUAUCCCUAGUAGGGAUUCUGUUCCAGACCUUGUAAUUUUUUCCAAGUGGCCAGAAAAAGCAAUGGCUGUUCUGGCAAGUAGCCAGUAUUCUAACAAAAUGGGUCUGGUUUGAUCUGGCAACAGAUAUCUCAAAUUGUUGUGGCAAAAGAUGUUUGUUUUUUUUCAAAUGACAACUACAUAAAUGUUGAAUUGUUCUGACAACAGAUAUCUAGUACAUGUAUUGUUUUGACAACAGAUACCUAAAAUUGUUCUGGCAUUAAAUAUCAAAAGCUGUUAUGACAGUAGUUGUAAUCUAAAAUUGCUCAGAAAAUGGAUAUCCAAAGUUGUCAUGGAAAAAGAUCCAGAAAUCCGUUAAUAUUUUUUUUGCAUAAUCAGCUCAUUGUUUGACGGUGCUACAUUGUGUUUUAUUUAGGACGCAAUAUAUUUUAACAUUGAGAUGAAAUGUGUCUUUUUUUUAA